AUGAGAACCGUAUUCAUGAUUUACGAUCAGAAAGUUCGCUUUGCUAAAGCUUUCAUGAAACACUACAAUGAGAUUUAUGAGGAUUUUAUCAAAGACGAUCACGAAAUAUAUGAAUCUGUAGUACAAUUGUCAGUACAGUUUAUGACUGUCCCAAGUUUGGCCAGAAAAUUAAUAGCAGAAGAAGACGCAUUUAGUGUAAUCUCAAAAGCAAUUUGUGUGCAGACUGAUAAAUACACUAAAUUGAAUGCUGAUGAGAAAAUUGCGAGAUUCGACUUCACGAGCCUAUCAUUCCCAGCUGAUUUAAGAAGAUCACUUCAAAUCGCACGCGAUUUAGAUUAUAUUCUGAAUUCAGUUCCUUCCGAAACGGAUUGGACCCGAGAGUUAAUCGAUGGAUUUGUUAGUGGGUUUGCUGAUUUCUUAGUUUUUUUUCAACGCUUACAAGGAAUGGAUGAGGUGAAGCUACAAGCAGUGGAACAUCAAAAUUGGGAAUCCGAGUGGGAAACGGCGUUUCAUAUUCUUAUAAGAUUGAAAAAUGCAAUUUCUCUAUCAGUAUCGUGGGCGGAAACGAAUGAAGAAGUUCACAAUCGUGUUCUAUUGAUGUGUUUGGAAUUGAUGAAUAAUAUGCCACCCGUUUACACAAAGGCUGACGAUGAUUCAAAAGAAGUUACAAUAACUGUUAAUGGAGAAUCGUGCAAAAUUACACAUUUUGAUGUAUUGAAAUCUGCAACAUCAAUUCAUCAACCGGUGGUUCGAAUUAUCGCAGGUCUAUUCACUGCUCAAAAUCGUGCAAUGUUUUUGAUGAGAAAUGAGCGUGGUAACAAGCUUCAGGAACAGAUCAAGACCAUUCUAAUAACGAACGAAGACACAAAUCUCUACGAGUUGAGUCUUAGAGUCCUCGUUCUAUGUGCUCAGUCAAAUGCGUCACUAUGGAGAAGAAAUGGCUUUUCUUUAGAAAAUCAAAUUCACAACUAUUUUUCCCCAUUUUGGCGUAGUGAGAUGUUUGAUCGAGAUAUAUUAAUGAUGCAAGUUGGAGCUGCUAUGACGCCACCAUUGAAGUUCAUCAUUCACUUGCUUCAACGCUUUGGGCUUGAUAAAUGGGCAACUAUCGAAUUUGAACAAGAUGAAGCAACUGUUGCACAAAUCAAACCUGAAUCAGAGGAUCUUAGCAAGACCAUGGUCACUAUCGCUUAA